UUCUCGAUUGUCAAACACAACUGAUUGCGGUGGCAGGAGUUUUCGUCUGCGUUUAUAAAUUUUGUUGGACGAGAAAAACUAAUUUUCCGAUAAAUAAACGUAAAAGUCGUAAUUUUUAUCUAAAUAUGAAUAUUAAACCAAUAAUAACAUAUGCUGGAGCUGGACCACUUUUUCGAUCACUGGAGGCACAAAUUUUGAAUGCUAUUCCACUGGAUACAUGCGAAUGGCGUCGUACAUACCAUCGCCCAUCCAAACAAGUGCGUUUGGAAGCGCAAACCCAGCCAUUCAAUGUGACUGCGCUGGAGAAGUACAAAAAGGGAGAAUGGAGUAUAUUGGAGCAUCCCAUUCUGCAUAUUUUCGUUACAGAGUGCAAUGACUUGGAUACAUAUAAGGCAAACGCGCAGGAAGAAAUAAAAAACUGGCUUCGACAACUGACAACUUAUGGUAUAACUGAUUGGAUGAUUUUGUUGGUCGAGACAUUGGACGUUCGAAAAGCAAAAAAUUUGCUGCCACGCACCACAGUUUUAGAUAAGAUACGACAGGACUUUGCUACAAAAAAUGAUGACCGUUGUAUAUCAGUUUUGAAUCCAGCAAAGUUCGAACAGAAAUCGGCUGAGUCGUUUCGUUGUUUAGUGCAGCGCAUCAGGUUCUUAAUGCUUGCCAGUUUCAACCGUAACAUUGCCAAAUACGAAGAGCUUAUGCGGAGCAGGCGCGAAAAGCGCAACCAUGAUGGUUGGGACUUUCGGCAAUACUUCUUUAUGCAAGAAGAUCUAGCUUUGAUAUUCGAGAAACUAGAAUUACACACUGAAGCCCUCAUACAAUAUGACGAGUUGGACGCUAUGUUUUCACAAUUCAUAACUAAUUCUGGCUUUGGCGAAAAGCAAAAAUGGCUGGAAUACUUCAAGCAACCAUUAAGCUUUUUCCAUGGUAUUUGCCUCAAUAGACGUGACAAAUUUGAGAUACGCAAAAAAAUCAAAGAAAGCCCUGUUUCAAUACUGGAAUUUCGCAAUUACUUAUUUGAACGACAAGCACAUCUGCUGCAACAAAGCAAUGAAACCCCAGAAAUAGCCAGAAGGCUUUUAAAUUUUCUUUUUUCUACAUUGCGAGAAAUUGAACUCGUAAAAUUAGACACACCCGAGGGUGCAUUAUCUUGCUGGGAAUUCGUUUGCGCGCUAGAAGUUCUACAGACUUGCGAGCAGGCUAUGGAGCCAAACGAAAUGGUUUGCUUUCAACAUUGUGCCCCCAUCUGGAAUCUGGCCAAAGACAAGUUGUAUGAAUUGGGAAAGCUAUGUGGCCUGCUUCCCGGCUUUACGCCCACUUCCGAGCAGUUGCAUAUAGUCGUGCAACUCUCCGCUGGCAUUGGUGAUACGCCACUCGAGCAGUCGCAAUUCUUGAACCCUACACCUCAGAUUUCAGAGCAAAAACGGGACCGCUCUCCAAAUCGGCGACCGAAAAAAUCAGCAACCGAACAAUUGAAGGAAGCUUUGGGCUCAAAUCAAGCAUUCCAAAAACUUUAUUUGGAAUUGGCAGAACUAGCCAUUAGUACGUACAAACACGUUUCCCGUCACCGUUCGGCGCGUCUGGUUGGCUUGGAUUUGGGCAAUUUUUACUGCGCUCUGAAUGAACCGCAUAAGGCCGUAGGUUUCUUUACUGAUUUGUUACGCGAAUUAAAGGCGGAGAAUUGGCAUGCGCUAAGUUCACAAACACUGCUGGAACUGGCCAAUUGCUAUCGCAAAAUGGGCGAUUCGUUGGCUUACACCAAGACAUGUAGCUCAAUUUCGUGUUGUCAAGAGUUGGAAAUGUUGGUGCGUUCAUUUUAUUUCGAUGAAUUUCUGAAAUCGGUUAAGACAUUAACAACCACACUAUCCGCACAACCGUCCAUGGAGAAUGCGAAUUUUUGCGUGCUUGAAGAUCAUUUUCGAAUAUGCGACAUAAAUGUAAUGAAUGUGGAACCCAUAAUACAAGAUGAUAUUGUAAUAGUGCAAUUAAAGCUGGAGAGCUUCUAUCCCCGCGAAGUUGUUGCUGAAAGCAUACAAUUAUGCUACGAAAUGCAUGUCUCACCACUUACGGGCGAGGUAGCAACGCCACCGUUGAUUGUGUCGGUUAGUGGCUGCAAAGAUAAGAAAUUCCUCAGCACACCGACAUCAUCGCCACUCAAGGAAUCGCGCCUGAAAAUGUCACUGCGGUUGGACUACAAACAGGACAAUACCCUGGAUUGCGCCUCAGUUGAAUGCGACGUGCCCAAAGCGAAGCAGCCAGUGCGCCGCACGAGUAGCACCAAACGCAAGCUUUCGCCUAGCGUGCAGUCAGAUUUCACAAAUUUCGUAGCUACUGAGAAUAUCGCUAUACAGCCGGGCAAUAAUUUCAUUGAAUUAAAAUCCAAGGCAACGCGAGUUGGUACUUGGGAUUUCAAGCAGAUGCGUAUUUCCAUAUCACAAUUGGAGUUCUUCUCUGAGCAAAUUCCCUUCAGAGCGCCACCAUUUGUGAUCACUACCAAGCCGGCUGCGGCAGUGUUAAAUUUCAAGAAUUUGAUUGCAGGCAUUGAACAGCCAAUACGUUUGACAGUUUCUGGCGGUAGUUUUAUUUUCCCAGCCGAUGCAAAAAUUGUAUUGAAAUGUUCGAAAAAUUUGCGCAUACGGAUGGCGCGCUCAAUAGACAAGCUGGCUGUAGAGCAGGAUAACGAACAAGUAGAGGAGCCAAAAAUUCCGGCGUCCAACGAUAAUGACAUUGUACAGAAGAAAACCGUCAAAGACACAAAAACUGUUGCCAAUCCUGAAGAUGAUUCCACAUUCGAUAGCAUAUUGCAGGUGCCUCUGCCAAAUUUCAAAUCUUUCGAGGAGCGUGAAAUCCCGUUAGAAGUGUUGACGGAUUUGCCUGGACGUAAGAUUUCCAAACACUUGGAACACUAUGUUACAUUAUCAUGCCCUUGGUCACGCAAUGAGUUGCAGAUAGCUAUUGAUUUUCAGCCCGCACUGGAGGCACAAUGCCGACUACACACUUGUGGUACGCAAAAGUUUUUGCAUGUGGUUAUGAAAGGCUUGGAAGCGAAUUUAUUUUUGACAGAGGCGAAGGUGAAAUGCGAUGUUGCAGGUGUGCGUUUAAUAGAUUUGAAUCCACCGUCACAGGCGCAUGUGCAAAUUUACAAAGGUCUAACGGUUUCGUACUUGUAUGAAAUACAAGUAGAGCCGCUAAAAGCAGAGGUCGAGCUGCCAGCGGUAAUCAAAGUGCACUUUAUGACAAAAUACUCAACUGUGGAGAAGCCACAACUUUUGCGAAAUUAUGGAUGCGCUUUCGAUUUGGUGGACUAUACAACGCUCUUCAAAGUGCAGACACAGCUUGAACCCAAUGAACUAUGUCGUUUGCGUUCAGUUUGCAAUUUGAAUUUGAAAAUCACGAAGGUGCAUGAAAAUCCCUACGUGGACCUAAUGUACGAAGUGCUGAGCGAUCAGAAUUUAUGGGCCGUUUGUGGACGCUCGGCAGGUGUUGUAUCAAUGAAGGAUGUCGAGAGUCAUUCAAUUUCAUUGGAUGUUAUGCCGUUGAGUACUGGAUUUCUCCCUAUGCCCAAUAUACGUCUGUCACGUUACACGGCUGGUGGCAAAAACAAAACCGACACACAUUCCAAAGUACAUCCGUUUCCACAAGGGCAAGUUUACAAUAGCACAAAGAGUAUGCAGAUACAUGUUAUAGCCAGCAGCAAUGGCGAACAGUAGAAGUAAGAAUUUAUAUAUAUACAAUAUCUACUAAUUACUCAAGAUAUUCUACAUUUUCGAAGGCAAUCGGUGAAAGUAUUAUUGUUGCAAUUUUUUGAAAGAAAAAGUGUUCGUAUUCAUAAACAAAAAAGUUUGUUUAUUAAAAUCUAUAAGAAAAUGAUACUACUGACUCAUUGCAUUGAUGCAUUUUUGCUAAAUAUGCUGACUGUAGAACUGAUGUACUACAUUAUUACUCUAAGGUGGAAAAGUACUAUCCAAAUUCUUUUUCUAAUAUUUUACUGAAUAUUUUUGCAUCACAUUUAUUCAAGUUUUUUGUUUUGUGCUCUUAAAUGCUAGAAUGCAUUUGAAUAAGACUCAGAAAGUCUAUAAAAAUUCCGAAAAAUACUCCCCGGCUUAAAUGCUUAGUUUUUGGUUUGUUUUCCAUUUCUGAAAAUAAUCUGGUUAGUGUAUUUACAACUUUGGGUAAGAAUAUAUAGUAUUUAAUGGAUUUUAAUUUUAGUUAAAAGAUUGUAAUUAAAGCUAUUUUAUUCAAAAUAAAAUUGGUUGUUCCAA